AUGAGUCUCUUAGUUUGGAACUGUCAUGGGCUUGGGAACCCACGCACAGUGAGAGAGCUUGGAGAUUACAUUCGGGCAAAAGAUCCUGCUGUUGUGUUUUUAGCCGAGACAUGGACAGACGAUGCAAGGCUAGAUGAAGUGUUACGAAAUUUUAGUUUUAGAAAUAAAUGGUCAGUUCCUAGUGGCCAAAGAGGUGGUGGUUUGGUUUUGUUGUGGAAGGAAGAUAUUCAAGUCUCAGUGGAAGAUUCCUCAAAGUAUUGUAUUGAUGCAAUUGUUGAGAAAAACACUCCUCAAGAAUGGCGGUUCACGGGUUUCUAUGGCGAACCAGUGACACAUAGAAGGCAUGAGGCAUGGACAAAGCUACGAACCCUAAAUAAUAAGCCGCACAUUCCUUGGUUGUGUGCAGGGGACUUCAAUGAAAUUACAAGACAGGAAGAAAAGAGAGGAGGUGUAUGUCGUGAAAAUAGUCAAAUGCUAGCUUUCCGGGAUGUUAUCGAUGAGUGCAGUUUUAUGGAUUUGGGUUUCAUAGGCCCAAAUUUCACUUGGGCAAAGCACUUCAAUGAUGGACAUUCGAUUUGGGAGAGACUAGACCGUGGAUUAGCAACCAAUCCGUGGUUCUUGCGGUUUCCAGGCACAAAAGUUCAUCAUUUACCCUGUCUUUCCUCGGAUCACUGCCCAUUGUUUAUCAACCCUUCAGGAAUUGAAAUUCCAUCCUAUAAAAAACCUUUUAGGUUUGAGGAGAUGUGGCUAGCUGAUAGUAGGUGUGGGGAGGUGGUUGAAGCAGCAUGGAGGUCAUGUGUAUCAUUAGAUCCUAAUAAGGAAAUCCUUGGAAAAAUAGAAAAAUGUGGCAAAGACUUGUCAUGGUGGAAUUACAAUGUAUUUGGGAAUGUGAGGAGGGAGCUAAAAAAGAAGAGGGAUAUGCUAGUUGAAGAGGAAGCAGUGGCUUUGAGAACUGGAAGCAAUGUACGGAUCAAAGAGUUGCAAAGAGAGAUAAAUGAGUUGUUGGAUCGAGAAACAAGGAUGUGGAAUCAAUGCUCUCGAAUUCUUUGGCUAAAAAAUGGAGAUGGAAAUACUAAAUUUUUCCAUAGUCGAGCCUCUCACCGGUAUAGGAAAAAUGUGAUAUUGGGGUUGAAUGAUAGCCAUGGAGUUUGGAAGGAAGGACCGAAUGAAGUAGCUGGUAUCCUCAUUCACUACUACAGUGACUUGUUCACUACCUCAAAUCCGCCCACUCAACAUGAAGCUCUAAGCCACAUUCCUCAAGUGAUCACUGAUGAUAUGAAUAGUGAAUUGACUAGUACAUUUGAGGAAUGGGAAGUACUCCAAGCAUUGAAACAAAUGGCACCUAUGAAGGCACUAGGACCUGAUGGAAUGCCCCCCUUGUUUUUCCAGCAUUUUUGGCCUAUGAUAGAAGGUGAUGUUACUCACUCGGUACUAUCCUGGUUAAACUCAGGUACUAUCCCACAUCCACUGAAUCAUACUUUUAUUACUCUAAUCCCAAAAAAGAAAAACCCAAGCUUAGUGUCAGAUUAUCGCCCUAUUAGCUUAUGCAAUGUGCUUUACAAAAUUUUUGCAAAAGUCCUUGCCAAUAGACUAAAAAAAUUCCUCAAUUCAGUUAUAAAUGAAAACCAAUCUGCUUUUGCCAAAGGCCGCCUCAUAUCAGAUAAUAUCCUUAUUGCCUUCGAAACUUUACAUUGCAUGAAAAAUCAUAAUUCAAGUGCAUCGGGUUUUAUGGCUUUGAAGCUAGACAUGAGUAAAGCCUAUGAUAGGGUUGAGUGGGUGUUCUUAGAAAAUGUGAUGAGGAAAAUGGGAUUUUCAGAAAGGGCCAAUUCCGAAGAAUGCAGUAAAGUUUUGGAGUUGCUAUCAACAUAUGAAGAAGUCUCUGGCCAAAAAUUAAACAGGGAGAAAACAGCUUUAUUCUUCAGCAAAGCAGUUACAGAAGCAAGCCGUCAAAUCAUCAAAGGCAUUCUGGGAGUCCGGGAAAUCCAUCACUAUGAAAAAUAUUUGGGGCUGCCAUCUUUGACUGGAAGGGGAAAAAAAGCAAGCUUUAAUUAUAUCAAGGAGAGAGUGUGGAGGAAGCUGCAAGGAUGGGAAGGAAAACUCCUUUCCCAAGCCGGAAGGGAGGUGCUUAUUAAGGCGGUCAUCCAAGCCAUACCUACGUAUGCAAUGGGUUGCUUCAAAUUACCUUUGGGGUUGUGCAAUGAAAUUGAGGUGAUGGUUAGGAAGUUUUGGUGGGGACAACGAGGGGAGAAGAGAAAGGUUCAUUGGCUAAAAUGGGAUGAGAUGAAAAAAGCCAAAAAGGAAGGGGGUUUUCAAACCUCGUUUCUUUCCAAAUUGUACAAUCAUGGAGGCACCAGAAUCAAAAGGGGUGCAUGUUGGAGAAUAGGCGAUGGGCAGAAAGUGAAGGUGUGGCAUCAUGUUUGGCUACCAUCUAAACCACCGGCGAGAAUUUUAUCACCCGUUCUUGAAGGUUGGGAGGAAGCCACAGUCGACAAACUCAUCAAGGAAGAUUCAAGGACUUGGGAUGAUGAUGUGAUUGAUGGCCUUUUUGCUCCGAGGGAAGCUGCCAUCAUUAAAUCAAUCCCGCUCUCAAGAUUCCCCAUUGAAGAUAAGCUGUUUUGGCCAUGGACUCAAACAGGGAAGUAUAACUGCAAAUCUGGUUACAGAUUUUUAAAGCAUGAAGAUGAUGUUUCAGGGGCAACGGAAGCACUGGCAGAGGACAGAAUUUUCUGGCGUAGCAUUUGGGAUUUGCGACUCCCAAACAAGAUUAAAAAUUUUCUGUGGAGAGCAAGCCGUGAGGCAGUCCCAACAAAAGCAAAUUUGCAGCGACGACACAUUCUGGAGAAUGGCAGGUGCGAGCGUUGUAUGAUGGAGGAUGAAACCACGUUACAUGCAUUGUGGUCUUGCACUAAGAACAGGUCUGCCUGGACAUCAUCAGAGUGGAACGGCUACAACAACAUAAGCCCAGUCAACUUUAAGGAGCUAUUAUCAUGGAUACUUCAAAACAGUGGUAAUCCGGAGCUCUUUGCAAUGGUGACGUGGAGCUUAUGGAAUCAACAGAAUCAAAUUCGGCUCAACAAGCCUUGCUGCCCAUCGGACCUGAUUGAAGCCCAGGCGAAGGAAAAACUGGAGGAAUUCAUGGCUACAAUCCCAGCUAAACCAGCGCCCUUACCUCGACAGAGAGUGAAGUGGAAACCACCUGAUGCCGGAAGCUUCAAAAUAAAUUUCGACGGCGCAAUUUUCAAGCAGGAAAAUAUGAGCGGGAUUGGGGUGGUUAUUCGUGAUCACACAGGGGCUGUUAUGGCCUCUCUUGCUCAAACUGUUGCACCUGCUAUGCAGCCUAUUGAGAUUGAAGCAGUAGCUGCUGCUCGGGCACUGGAGUUUGGUGAGGAAAUAGGCAUAACAGAGGCUGUCCUUGAAGGUGAUUCAGAGCAGCUUAUAAACUCAUUCAAAGGUGGACACUCAAUUGCUUCAGUGGAGCCUUUACUUCAUGAUGCCACGGUUUUCUCUAGUCAUUAUGCAAAAUUGCUAUACUCUCAUUGUAGAAGAGAUGGCAAUAGAUUAGCACAUAGUCUAGCAAGAUAUUCUAUUAAUGUCUCAAGCUAUGUAGUUUGGAUGGAGGGAGUUCCCGAUCCAUUAUUCAAUAUUGUUCAACAAGAUGUAGCCAAUUUGGCAAGAUAA